AUGAAGGAACUGCUCGGCCUCACUGACAUCCCUAUUGUGGGGCACUACGCUGAAAGUCGGCCCGCUCUGGCGCUCUUCAUCGCAGCUGUGGGUGUAGUGGCUGCGUUGCAGCUUGUCGUGUUGUUGCGUUCGUACUGGCGACUAUCGCACAUCCCAGGCCCCGCACUCGCCCGUUUCACAAACCUCCCGCGGUUCCUCUGGGUGCUAAGCAACAAAGCUCACGACCACCACAUUGCUCAGCACCGACAAUAUGGCCCCAUUGUGCGGUUCGGGCCGAACAUGGUGUCGGUCGGCGCUCCUGAGGAGGUCGGGAACAUCUACCGCUUCUCCAAGCCGUGGCUGAAGGCCGAUUUCUACAAGGCGCUCCUGAUGAAGCCCAACGGCAAAGCCAUCCCGGGCAUCUUCGCGGCGCAGGAUGAGGAGAUCCACCGGCUGCUCAAGAAGCCCGUGUCCGGGGCCUACGCCAUGAGCACGCUGGUGUCGUUCGAGCCGUACGUCGACACGACCAUGGUCGUCUUCUGCGAGCAGCUGCAGGCGCGGUUCGUCGACCCGCAGAAGCCGUGCGACCUGGGCUCGUGGCUGCAGAUGUUCGCCUUCGACGUCAUCGGCGAGCUGACCUUCUCCAAGCGGCUCGGCUUCCUCGAGUCCGGCACCGACGUCAACAACGUCAUGGCGUCCAUCUGGGAGAUGUUCAAGGAGACCUCGCUGGUCACGCAGAUGCCGUGGCUGGACAAAUACUGGACCAACAACCCGAUCCGGCGCCACAUGCGCGGCAAGGGCGUGAGCCCGGGCGCCGCCUUUGCCAUGGCGCGCGUGCAGGAGAGGCGGAAGCUGAUGCAGACCGAGGGCACCAACGAUUGGGACCGGGACACGCGCGAUUUCCUCUCGAGGUUUCUCGAGAUUGAGGCCAAGGACGAGAAGUUGCCGCCGUACGCCCUCGCCGCCUGGGCCUCCUCCAACAUUACCGCGGGCUCCGACACGACCGGCAUCUACCUGCGCGCCAUGUUCCACUACCUCCUAACCCACCCCGCCACUUUCACCAAGCUCCGCGCCGAAGUCGACGCCGCCGCGGCCGCCGGCCACGCGCCCGGGCGCCUCGUCUCGUGGCGGCGCGCGCGCGAGCUGCCCUACCUCGACGCGUGCGUCAAGGAGGCCGGGCGGCUGCACCCGCCGUUUGGCUUGCCGUAUGAGAGGGUGGUGCCGAAGGAGGGGGCGGUGGUGUGCGGCAAGUUCUUGCCGGGGGGGACCGUGGUGGGGAUGAGCGCGUUUGUGGUGGGGAGGGAUCCGGGGUUGUUUGGGGAGGAUGCGGAUGAGUGGCGGCCGGAGAGGUGGUUGGAGGUGGGUGAGGAGCAGAGGAGGAGGAUGGAGAAUGCGGUUUUGGCGUUCGGCGCCGGUCACCGGACUUGUAUGGGCAAGCAUAUCGCCUACUUGGAGAUUUACAAGGUGGUUCCCACAUUGUUGCUCCAUUUUGAUUUCGAGCUGGUCGAUGCGGAUGGCUGGAAGGUUGAGAACCGGUGGUUUGUUAUGCAGCAUGGCCUUAAGGUGGGACUGAAGAAGAGGGGAGCGCAGGCGGCUGGAAAGAAGUAA